AUGACCUUGCUGGCCAGAGAUGAUGGGGGUACCGUUGCUAGCUGUGGUAACCUUAAAUGUGCCUUUAAGGGCAUGUGCGAAUCCAAUGGUGGAGGUGAUCGAUCUCGAGACCUAAGAAGAAUUCCAAAGCGGCGUCUCGACGAGAUUCUCGGCGGCCAAGCAAAGCCGAAGCGGCGGCACCUUUAUCUUGUCUUGGAUGAUUGGUCGUCGGGAUACAGCAUCCGCAAGAUAGAUUUGUCGGCCGACCUCGACCCCUUCUACCCUGCUCGUCCGGUAGCUGCUGCCCGCCGCUGGAUCAAACGGCGGCUGCCACCGGCCAUCUUCCGCUUCCAGGCACAGCGUGAGUUGACCAGGUGCUUCGCGGCCUCCUUCGACUCGAUCCUGGCUAUGCUGCCCGUGUGCCUCGAUCCACCUCGGGGGGCUCACGUCUUCAACGUCCACAAGCGGACCGGCAGACCGUUUGACGAGGACACGGAGUCACCGGAGUCCGACUCCGAGGAGUCCGGGUCCCGCCGGGAGUUGGAGUCUUGGAAGUUGGAUGUCACCUCUUACGCCGUGCACAGUGGCGAACAUAGCUUGUUUGUCAGCACCCAAGAUAGCACCUUCGUUUACAGCACCGUGGAUGUCCUGAUGGGUGGUACCGAACCUUUUCAGUGGGAUCGACGACGCAGCCAGUGCGUGCUACCUUUCACUGGCCGUGGCCAUUUUGACUCUGAGCUGCAGGCAUGGAUUGGCCUUUCUCGCGAGUUCACUGGUCGCCUCUGCUCGUGCGAAGUGUUUUCUGCCUACCCUUACCCUGACGUGGAGGUGGAACAGUCGCCAGCUGUGAAGAUCAGCAAGGAGGAGCGUUUUGUGCUUCACCCUCAUGAGAAGCUGGUAGGUGCCACCCUUAUCUCUUGUGGAGUCCGAAGCUACUACUGCCUCGUGCAGUGCGUCUCUGUUGAUGAGAAGCUGGAGGAGCAAUCUAUGUCUGUUGUUGAUGAGCUGCAGAAGCAAUCUAUCUCUGUUGAUAAGAAGCUGGUGGAGGAGCAAUCUAUGUCUGUUGAUGAGAAGCUGGAGGAGCAAUCUAUCUCUGUUGAUGAGAAGCUGCUGGAGGAGCAAUCUGCAUCCUUGCUUCGUUUAUUGACUUUCUAUGUCCAGUAUGACAAGAAUGGAGACCUGACGGUUGGCGACCGACAGAUUCGGGAUUACAGCUUGCCGGAGUCUGUUUCGGAACAAGUCACAAAGAAUCCUAUUGCGUUCUGGAUAUAA